UAUGUGGCAGGCUACGCGAACGACGGAUCUUCGAAGAAUUCCCAAGUAUUUCUCUUGCUGAAAGAAAACCGGAAUUACAAAACUUUGCCUCAGAUCUUAGUGGAUUUAAUUUCGGCCAAGACAAACGACAAUUUGUUCGUUAAUGGAGUCUGCUCCUCUGACCCACGGUGUGGCCCUCAUGUUCGCGUUGGAGUGCUGACGCGUAUCACGCUGGCACCGCAGUGUGUGGGCACAGCGCAGAGAGGGUUAGCACAGGGCCUCGUGCCCACCUCCCCCCGGGACCGUCCAGGCCGGACGAAGAUGAACAAACUGAACUUCCACAACAACAGAACCAUGCAGGACCGCCGCUGUGUCUGUGUCUUCCUCCCCAACGACGACACGCUCAACAUUAUAGUCAACGUGAAGACGCUGUGUCAGGAGCUCCUCGCCCAGGUGUGCGACCUCCUCCGGCUGAAGGACUGUCACCUGUUCGGACUGAGCGUCAUCCAGAAUAAUGAACACAUUUACAUGGAGCUGAGCCAGAAGCUGUCCAAGUACUGCCCCAAGGAGUGGAAGAGGGAGGCCAGCAAAGGAAUUGACCAGUUUGGUCCACCAAUGAUAAUUCACUUCAGGGCUCAAUAUUACGUGGAGAAUGGGCGGUUAAUAAGUGACCGGGCAGCCAGGUACUACUACUACUGGCACCUGAGGAAGCAGGUGCUGCUGUCCCAGUGCGUCCAGCGGGAGGAGGCCUACUUCCUGCUGGCUGCCUUCGCCCUGCAGGCCGACCUGGGGAACUUCAAGCGCAAUAAGCACUUCGGGAAGUACUUUGAGCCGGAGGCCUACUUCCCUCCCUGGGUGAUUGCCAAAAGAGGGCGGGACUACAUCCUGAGGCACAUCCCCAACAUGCACAAGGACCAGUUUGCCCUCACCGCCUCCGAGGCCCACCUCAAGUACAUCAAAGAGUCCGCUCAGCUCGACGACGUCACCGUCCACUACUACAGACUGUACAAGGACAAGAAGGAAGUGGAGGCCUCUCUGACUCUGGGACUGACCCUGCGUGGCAUUCAGAUAUUUCAGAAUGUGGGAACAGUGAGACAACUCCUGUAUGAUUUUCCCUGGACCAACGUGGGCAAGCUGGUUUUUGUGGGGAAGAAGUUUGAGAUCCUCCCGGACGGGCUGCCCUCGGCCCGGAAGCUGAUCUACUACACGGGCUGCCCCGCCCGGUCCAGGCACCUGCUCCAGCUGCUGAGCAACAGCCACCGUCUCUACAUGAACCUGCAGCCCCUGCUGAAGCAGGUCCGCCGGCUGGAGGAGAACGAAGAGAAGAAGCAGUACCGCGAGUCGUACAUCAGCGACGCCCUGGAGCUGGACAUGGACGCCCUGGACAAGCGCUCGCGGGCGAGCGGCAGCAGCAUGGGCAGCGUGUCGCGUCACAAGCGCCGCCUCUCCCGGCACUCCACCGCCAGCCACGGCAGCUCGCACACGUCGGGCAUCGAGGCGGACGGCUUCCGCACGCCGGGCCCGGCCCCGCACCGCCCCCUGCGCCCCUGCAGCAGCUCCACCACCUCCCACGGCAGCUCGCACACCUCCGGGGUGGAGAGCGCCGGCAAGGAGCGCAUCCUGGACGACGACGAGAUUGAGAUGCUGGUCGACGACCCCAAGGAUUACGAGGAGCUCCACGAACUAGCGCUGGAGCUCAGCCAAGACCUGUGCAUCCACAUCACCGAGGACAUGCUGACGUCUGGACAGACGAACGGAUACUCAGGACUCAUCGUGAAGGACGUCAGCUCUUCCACAUCCAGCUCCUCAGAGACCGUGGUGAAGAUGCACGGCCAGAGCAUCGAGUCUCUCCCCCAGCAGGCGGCGGUCAGGAAGCCGCAGACCUCCACGGACCGGCACAGCCAAUCGCUGGACGACGUGCGCCUCUACCACAAGGGCUGCCUGCAGUGGGCGGAGCUGUGCCAGGACACGGCGCAGAGCUACACCUUCGGCUGCGCGCGGGAGCUCAGCGACGCCGGCUGCCACGGAUUGGCCGACCAGUGCGCCGGCAUCCGCGACAACCCCGCCUUCCCCAUCAAGAGAACCAGCAAGUACUUCUCCCUGGACCUCACCACCGACGAGAUCCCCGAGUUCGUGGUGUGACCGCGGCGGAUUCUGAACAACAUGGCGCCCCCCACCCCCCCCCUCCCCAUAGACCCCCGGCCCGGUGUUGUUGUACUGAGGGUUCAAGAGAGCCGGGCUCCGCGAACCCUUCCCACGGCAUGCUGGGAAGAUUGGCAGCAUGUAUAUUGAAACUCGAGGCGCUCAACGCCGACCACGGUUGUCUGUCUUACUUUGUGGGAGCGCCUGGGGUCUGACGCAGCUUGGGGGCGAGUGGGAGAGACGGAGCUGUUGUCGAAAGGGGGGAACUUUAAAACCACGGACGCCAAUGAAUUCCGCAGAUGUGCUAGGACGGCACGCUCCCACACCCAUUGUAAUUUCACUCGCGCCGUUUCCAUGGGGACGGAUUUCGUGUCUCCGCUCUGCCGCGGGGCGUAAAUGGAAUUUUAAAGGGAAUCGAGGGAAGGUCAUGGAAUUUGAUUUUGUUAACACUUUUCUUUUUUUUUUUUUUUUUUUUUUUUUGGGUUAUAAAGAAACAUUUGACUGAACUCCCAGGGAACGGGGUACGCCCUUGCAGAACCGCACACGAAUGGGAGCGGCUCGAAGCAGGAGGACUCACGCUGAGCUCAUAGCAUUGCUGAGAGACCACGUAGCUGGAGAUGCAUUCGCGUUCUGCCUGAACCGAGCGCAGGGUCCGUUCGGUGUCUCCCACGGUCUGAUUGCGACCUUGACGCUGAGGUCCGGAGGCGAAGCCGCCCAUCUGCUGGGCCGCGGAGGCCGGUUCUGACCCCGAAACUGCGCCUCCAUUAUGCAAGGUGAAGGCACCAGAGUUUGUGUUCCUGUAGCUGUGUUUCACUGCGAUGCGAUGCCUCAGUCUUCUCAGCUGCUCUCCUUAAAGCAAAGACGCGCGUUCCCUGUGCGAGGCUCAUGUUUACGGGGCCGAGGAACAGCGCGAAACGCAAACCAAAGAUACACCUGGCGGGAGCCACGCAUCACAUCGGCUCUGCCAGGACACCAGUGCCACACGCGAGCUGGAACAAGCUUACAUAGCCUCACCGCGGGUUACCGUGGGUAACCUGUGAAACGCCAGUUAACACACAGUUUCAUUCAAACGCCAUAAGUCAUUGUCACCGGUUCCGAGGAGCCGGUUCGAGGGACGGUGGCUGAACAGGACUGGUUUUCUCACCCUCUGUCUUCCCUGUCUCUCCCUGUGAUCUCUGUGUGACCCUGCGCCACCCAUUUUGUUUGCCAGGAAGUGCAUCGUGCCAAUGUUUUCUACAUAGAACAGUUUCCUGUAAUGAACUGCCAUAAACGCCUUCUGUGCCUUUUUAGCUCUAUGCAGGUCCUCAAAUGGUCAAUUUGCCUCGACAAUCCGGCGCAGACUGAGUAGAUCUAGAUCUCACUCGAGCACGAGGGACAUGAAACGCAUCCAUAUCAUACGCUGUUCCACGCUAUGAUGUCAGUAGUGAUGGCGAGCGCAUUUCUGUUCAUGUGUCGAGUUCCCCACUCGUUUGGCUAUAGCGUUUGACUAUAGAUAAAUCCAAAUAGCGGAGAAAGCAGGAUAAAUGAUGUCACCGUUGCUUGGAAACGUCUGUGAUGGAUUGAAAUGUUAUUGCCGUUUUGUGGCAGUGGAAUGCAGCUCCGCAGAAUCCAUGGUGGGUUUCCAGCUCCCAGGUCUACAGCGCGAUUCUCCAGUGGGUUUUCAGUGAGCCUGCUUUAGCCCCGAGCGGAAUGUGCUGGAACACGCCUCCCCCAUGCUAACUAUCUACUGACACCGGGAACGCGCUCGUCAGUAAAUCAGAGAUAGGACUGAUGUUGAAGCGGUUUUCAUGAGUGCUGGAAAUAUACUUUGUCAGUUGUCUGUGCUGCGCAAUUCACAAAACAUUUUUGUUCAUUUUUAUUAUUGUUGUCAUGUUAUUUUUGUUGUUGUUAUUAUUAUUAUUAUUAUUAUUAUUACAACUGGAAAUUAUUUCUACAGAUUUUUUUGUUCUUUUCUUUUUAAUUAAUAUAACAGUAGUAUUUUUUAUAUGGAACAUUUUAGAAAACAAAUCUGUUAUAUAUGGUGAACAUAUAUUCUUUGUUGCGUGCAGUCCGUGUUGGUCAGUAUUAUGGAUGAGGUCGGUGACAGUAUUAAGAUUUGUCCUUGUCAGACUCACUCGAGGCUUUUGUUUGGGUGUUUUCAGAACAUACUCCUACUAUACCUGUCACCUUCACAUGAAUUCCCCUUCUUCCGAGUUCCUUGUGAGUUGAAUUGGUAGAGGAAACAUACAACCGUACCUAUGGGAAAUUGGUACAGCUAUUAAUAUUGAGAAUUGUGAAAAAUGGUACUUUCUGGAGGGAGAAACUAUGCUGCACUGCGGCAUGGGCCUUCACAUUACCCUCCCAAAUUAAGCACAUUACUGAUCUCCCUCUCCACUGCUCUGUAGGCAUGGGGCCUAUGAAAUAUAAUACCCCACUACAACCUCAAAGCAGACUCUACUCCUACCCCCCCCCCCCCCCCCCCCAUACACCAAUAAAACAACAUUCUGAGUUGCGUUUAAUUUUCAGUUGGGUUUUUGAUUUCAGUUAGUCAGAGUAGAUUCUCUCACAGGAAUGCAGUUUUGGGUGACUGACAAGCCACGCCCAAUUUACAAAGCCAGUAUAGUAUGCGCUGUCAGGAUGCCACUUUCCGUUAAAAAAAGAACAAAAUAUCUGAACAAAGGGUUCCAGCCGACGGCACAAUGAGCCCUCUAACUUACCCGGUAAGUUUAAAAAAGCAAAAAAACAAUGUCCAGCUGAGAUUCUGUAGGGUGUACAGAUCUGUGUACAGGUAGAAUAUUCGCACUCAUCAGCCGCCCAACUUGGACAGGUUUGUGGUAGACUUUCCCCGUACUACCGGAAAAAAAAUGGGUUAGUGUGAUACAGUGGUGGUGAAGGAGAAAGACUGCUGCCAUUAAAAAAGCAAGCAAACAAACAAACAACCAGCCUCCUCGGGCCUCUUAGCCAAUGAGCACAGAGCAUACAUCAGUAGUAUCUGAUAUACAUGUAUAUUCCAGUUAGGGAGGCAUUUUUCCUUUAUGUUUUCAGAAUUUUUUUCCAUCACUACAUGGAUAUUGGAGAAAAAGGAAACAUUUUUGCUCACACGUUGGUGUGAAACCGUCUUUGGUGGUUGCACAGUUGCGUUAUUGGUAUGUUAUUAUGAUGUUAUACCGGUUUGCGCAUUGCCAUUAAUUGCCGCAGUCUGCAUUUUUCUGUUUCAUAUUAUUUGUUUCUUUCCUUUUUGUGACCUAUAUACAUUGUCACACUUAUGAAUUAGCAGCACCUGUGUACCUGCUCAAAGUGCUCCCCGUCCUUUCUGUGAAAGGAUCUUGUGUCGCUCUGCAGGGUCUUUGACAGUGAAAUAUUGUGAACCACCCUGUAGUGAAAUGCUUUUGUAAAAAUGAAGUCCAGUGUGUGCCUUUCAGGUACGUGUUUUCAGAAAUAGACAAUAAAAAGGUACAUUUAUUUGCCAAA